CUACAAAUGGCGGCGUUGAGUUGUGGUUAGGCCCUUACUUUCAGGAAUUUCCUUAUCGUCAUUUAAGACGAUCUGCAAGAAUUUAACUUAAUUAUAUGGAAAAUAUUCAUAUGAUGUGUCAGGUGUAUUUUAUUCGUCAUUCUGAGCUGAAAACUAAGAUUGGGGAAAGCUUUCCUGUUCAAGUCCCUAAGCAAACAGUAAGUUUGUAACCUGCUGCAGACAACAGUUGUCCUUCAGAACAGAGCAAUCUUCUUUAAUGGAUCUGGAAUCGAUCAAAGAAGUUUUAGAUGUGAGUACAUAUUAAUAUUUACCGUAAUAUAUUCAGACUUAUGAGAAUAGCAACGUGAGUGAUAUGGUCCCCAAGUUCAAUGUCUCUUCAACGAUUCCUUUUCAAGGAAGACACUAAAAUGGCUAAUUGCUUGUUCUGUUUCUUGAAAUAGUUAUCGUUUUAUUGGAUAUUCAUGAAAUUUUGUUUUAUUCUAUUCUGUCAGCUCUUGCACGGUGGUUGUUGUUCUAAAAUUAUUUACAUAUUUUUUGUCAAACAGCUGUUACUACGACGACUCAUGUAUAUAUCUGUUUUGCUUCAGUCUUUCUCCAAAUCAGAAUCGCCAAAAAGAUUUCAACAAUUGAAGAGUAAUAAAGACUUUGUGAAUGGAAUAUUUCAGAGCUUACCUAACCAGUAUACACAUGAGGUGAGUGGAGACUGGAAAGGAGGAGAAGGGCAGUGUCACUUUCCUUGCAUAUUACACUUCUACUCUCGGGCUGAUAAUCACAAAAUAAUUUUUUUUUCCAGCUGACAGAUUCAGUUUAUAAAGGUCUAUUCGAGUUGUAUAAUCAAAGGGGAAAAGCUGGAAAACUGUUUGUUCUUCAGUUUGUUCCUGUGUUGAUUUGGAAUUAUCUGUCUGCCACAACAAGAAGAGAUCAUCAGGUGCAGUACAAUAAUUUACAUGAGGGUUUGAAUACAUUGAUUCAAUAAAUGGUUUAUGAUAGUAACUCUCUUGUUAGAUCAGGUGCAUGUGUUUAUACCCUGAACUAUUAGAUCAUGAGAAUUUUUUCCUCUAGUAAAAGACCCCCUUUGUACCUGUUACCUCUUAGAGGUUAUCAGCAUCUGAUUUCUCCCCACAGCAUCACCACUGUUUCAAACGAUGAGGUCACAAGAAUAUAAGAAAUGAUCAUUAACUAAAGAAACUCUUGAUUGUUAAUCAAAUUCACUUACUGCUGAGAAAAAGCUUAUUGAUGAAAGUGUGUAAAUCAGUUUAUUAGGAUUGAACAAUAUCCUUAGUUUAUGGUAGCAGCAAGUUAUUUGAAAAUAGUAAUUGUUCUUGUUUGUGUUUCAUCUUAGGCCUAUGGCAGUCUAGAAGUUCUGCUGUUGGCUAUCUAUAAUGAUGUAAGUACAAUGAAAAUGCUAUUUAUUUUCCUUCAUCUGCUGAGGAUACUAGUUUAUUAAAAUCAGAAAUAAACACUAAAAAAAACUUAAAAACUUGUUGUCUAUCUAUUAUUUUUUAACAAAAUUAUAACUAUUUUAUACAUCUAAUGGUCCUUUACCCUGAAUUAUGACAACUACAGGAAGUUGUGAAUGAUAACGGAGAGCAGAAUGUUAAGAAGUUCAGACUGCCAUCACUUUCGAGGCCUUCAAUUUACCAUGAGGUACAGUUUGAUCAGAAGUUGUUAUCUUUCUUUCUUCUUUCUUCUUUCUUCUCAUUACCUUUCAGCUUGAAAGUGUAUUGAUAUUGUAAGGAGAAAUAAGUUAUUGGUCUCUUUUGGGAGUGAAAGGAUUAAAUAGAUACUUGACUAAGUUUUGAUUUUGACUUUGAUACAUCUUAAGAACACUGAAUUACAAGUUGAAACUUAUAUUAACAGUUUCAUACUUUAUUGGUAAGACUUAACUUAAGUGCCUCAGUUGUUCACUUAUUCAAGUUUUUUUUCAAGCCCCAGCAGAGUUUUACAACAUCUUCAAUACUGACAGAAACAGCUCUGAGCCGACAUGAACAGAGUGAGACAAUUGUGAUGUUACCAGGUCCUGGAAAACCUCAAAACAAAAUCACUGCUACACAUAGGUUAGUGUUAUGAUUGUUUUUAUUGUUGUUUUUAUUUUUCUCUGGGAAAAAUCUUAUGAGAAAGGUAGAGUCUGACAUGGUUUACUUGUAAAGACAGUAUGCUCAUUCAAAUUUAAUAUUUUGUAGUCUGCAAUGGGCAUUAAUCCUUUACACCCAGACAUCAGUAUGCAUAUUCUCCAUACUGCUCUCUAAAGAGAUCCUAUGGUGCUGAUAAGGAGAAUUUGACACUCAAGAGCUUCUUAAGUCAGUGAUCAUUUCCUUUAUUCUCAUGACAUGAAUAUGUGAUUCAGGAGUGAUAUUGCUAGGAGGGUUAAAGAGGCGAACAGCAGAUUGCUGUUCAAGUAUUUUCAAUCGCUGCAGUAUACUCAAGGCUGUGCUCUAAGGAAAAUUUCAGGGAGCCCUUCGGGCUCCCAAGCGUUUUAGCUUGGGUGCCCAGGCCUAAAAGAUGGUCGCCCAAAUCAAAAUUUCGGGGAGCCCGAAGGGCUCCCAAACAUUUUAGCUGAGGUGCCCGGGCCUCCUAGUUGGUCGCCCAAAUUAAUAAAUCAGUCAGUUAAUUAUUAAAAAUUAAACAAACUGUUUUCGUAACGAGUCAAAUAGAACUAUGUGCAUUUAUUUAUUGUUUUUAUGUUCAUGAAACAUCGUAUCCUUUGACCUCCUGAAAACCUAUCGGUGAAAUGUUCAAGACAAAUGAGCUUUUUGUGGAUUCGGUCGAUUUUAUUUUUAGUGCGUGAUACGUAAUAACUUGUCACGACACCAAGGACAAUGCGGGACUUAUAAAGUUUAUACCCGUUUCUAAAACAAUCACACAAAAAACGUAUCUUUUUUUUUUUAUACAUCGUGUUUUACUGGAAAAACAAUCUUAAGUUAUGUUUUGCCUCGCAGACACGGCAGUAAAAAGCCGGCUAAAAUAUUAAAUUAGCAAAGAAGAGCGACUCCGUGUUUAUUCAGCGAUUUAUUAAUCGCCGACCGUACUUUUUUACGCCUAUCAGAGCAGAAGUAACAACUUCUUUUGAAAAACUAGCUGAUGAGCCAUCCCAAUUUAAAGGAAAAAUUUUAAUGCUAUUGGAAAAGCCGUUAAAAUCGAAAACUGUGCAGCUAGUCAAGUUCAAAGUCAAGGAUUAUGCUACAUGUGAAUUCACGUGGAACGACCUUUGAACAUCAACGCGCGCCCGAUGGAACAACAUUUUCUUUUAAAAGAACGACUCCCGUGUUCAUUUAGCGAUUUAUUAAUCGUCGACCGUACUUUUUACGCCUGUCAGAGCAGAAGUAACAAUUGCUUUUCUUAACGAGCCAUCCUAAUUUAAAAGAAAAAUUAUAAUACUAUUUGGAAACUUGUCACGAUCAAAGUCGAUGAUUAUGUUGUCGUGGAACGAUGCCUCUCAUUUUUCGCCCGAGGCCAAAUGUUAGUCGCCUCAGGCGACCGGGCGCCGUUAGAGCACAGCCUUGAUACUCAUUACCAAUGCCAUGAAAAGAUGUGGCAACAAAGUGCGGCUGCAUUACCCUUCAUUAUAAGUGCUAGUUAUCUUUUGUACAUCUCUAAUGAAUUCCUUCCUUUUCAGGCUUUCUAUAUAUUGCUGCUUUUUUUUUCAUCAGUAUAAUGCAAACAUUGUUUUAAGAAUUGAUUUGUCUGGAAGUAAGGUUACUUGGAGAAGAAUGAUUUUAACUAUCUUCAACCCUGUCUUAAAUUUGAAAUAUGUAAAGAAAACAAUAAGGUGUGAACCUUUUAUCUUUUGCAGACAUUUUUGCUUGAAUUAGUCAGACAUGGAGUGUAGUAUCUACUAGAUAAUAUAUUAUAAGCUGGACUAUGCACACAUUUGAUUGGUUCCUUUAGGAGGACAAAUGUAUUGUUGAUGUCACCAUUAAAAUUUGUUUGUUUUUUAUAAUUUUAUAAAACAAAUAGAUUCCAUACUGCUGUGGGUCUGUGUACAGAAAUAGAUUGCAGAAGAGGUCAAAAUAUGGGAAGAACAUCAAUGACACACUGAGCUGGGCUUCUUUUGCCACUUUGUUGUUCUUGCCACAUUUUGAUGUCAUCUGUGAUCUAUUAUUGAACAGACGCAGGAGUACAUGAAAUCUCUUGGUUAAAUACACUUUUUUUAGUAUUAUUAUUUUUCUUUUUUAAUUUAUUUUAUUACAAAAGAAAAAACAAAACAAAACAAAAAGAGACACCAGUUUUAAAAUAUAAGCUGUGUAACUUGUGAUACCAUUGUUUUUAGUGCUAGUAUUGGGAUGUAAAUACUGUUAGUGUUGUUAAUGUAAGUAACAGAAAUGUAUUAACUAAGUGAAGCAUCAUUGUAAUUAGCACAACUAUUGUAAUGUUAAAUACACUUGGCGUGUUACUAAUUUUAGCAAAAAGGAAAAGGACAUCUAUAAUGUUACCAGACCUGUGCUUUAAUUUGAUUCUACUUUUAAUAAAAGUCAAAUUUUACAAAGAGUUGACAUUUAAUUUUUCAUUUACUACAUGUUAUCAAGGCUGGCUAAAUGCGGCUUUUACAAACUCUGUCAGCAUGGGAAGGAGGGAUUGGCGUCAGAGUUCUCAAGUGAAGAAUUAACAACACUGGUGAACCAUCCUAGGAUAUCACUUAGCACAGAGAUAAUUCAAGAGAUGAUUUAUGGGGUUUAUUUCCUGAUGUAAGUUAUGUGACUAGCAUUCAAUAUCUCCUUACAAUAUCACCCCUGAACCACACAUUAAGGUCAUGAGAGUAAAGGAAAUUAUCACCAACUAAAGAAGCUCUUGAUUGUUAAACAAAUUCUCCUAAUCAGCACCUUAAGAAAUGUAUAAAGAACAUUAUGGAGAAUAUGCAUACCGAUGCUAGGGUGUAUAAAUAUAAUUAUGUCAAAAUGUACAUGAAGAACUGUGUUUUUAAAUAGUGGUGCUAUGGUUAAUUCCAGCAUUAAGGUAAAGGGAAAUAAUAAUAAAAAAACUGAUUUUUAAAAAUAAAUUUAAACCUUGCAAGAAUUUGAAUCCCUACACUUAUAUAAUGUUAUCAUGCUAUGCAUAGGCAAUUAAUACCUUGUACUCUUUUGGGUUGUCAAAGAUCUGGAAAUGCUUAUGUGUGAACAUUUCUCAAAUCGUAUCAAUAGUUUUAAUGAUGUAAUGUACAGGUACAAUGGCCAAAGAACUCUGGCCACCAAAGCUCUCGAAGAUCUUCACUGGCGUGCUGCUCACAGCUUGUUUGCCCCAGCUCAUAUGGUAAGGACUUUUUAUAUCUGGAAUUUCUGCAAUUUUGUGCAUGCAUUUUACUCUGACCUUUUUUGUACUUGAAAAUUCAUUAAUCUUCAUCAACCCCUACAUUAAAUUAGUAUUUUCUCUCUCUGUUUUUGUAUUUACUUGUUUUAGCUCACUAAUGCCAUCAAACAUUCAUUGGAACAAACUGGAGGCCUUCCCAGUGAUGGUCCCCUAGGGUUGGAGAUGUACCUGACAGACACACAGGACACCCAAGCUAUCAGUAGUAAGACUGUACCAUCGGUCAGUAGCUCUAUAAUGGAGGCACCAGGUAUAUAUUGCUCUGAUGGGGAAUCUUAUGAGUCUUGUCUGGAAACUAUUGGUGGUGAUGAGGGUGAUAACAUAAGUGAUGUGUAUACUGAUACUGUUGAUUCAGUUGAUAAUUCCAGUGUCAAGUAUCUUAACACUUGGCUUUGAUUAAGUGGUUAUUUAGCUUAGUACAAAUAGUUUAAAUAGGCCAUUCUUUUCCUUUAAAAUGAAAUAUCUUCUCGUGAAACACAAUCUAAGUGUUAAAUUUCCCAGUAUAUUUUCUUGUACCUAUAUUUGAUGAUACAGUUUUGAGGUAUUUGUGUUUCAAUUCAAGGUUGAAACUUAAUGAUAAAAUAAAAAUAUUUAUUUUGAUUAAGUGCACAAGUUAAUGGUAACUGCUUCAAAUAAAUCUGAUAAACUGCAAUUCAAUGAUAAUAAUAUUUAAUAAUUUAAACAAGUUAGCAUUUAUAUGUGAUUUUUGUAAAUAAAAUGUGUUUGUAAUGCAGUGUGCAAAGGGUAGGGACAAAUAUAUUUAUAAAUAAAUGUUAAGUACAAUGAAAACUUAGUUUAUUUUUGUGGUAUUUAGUGAGGUUUGAACUCUGGUAUCCAUGCAAUUUAGAUUUCAAAUGCUUUGAGCAAUAAUGAUUAAGCUCUAUAGAAAGCUGCUGAAAAUAGGUGCUAUUAGUUCCUUAAUAUCAUCAUAUGUAAAUACAUGCGGUGAAGGGUAAAUGUAAUAUAAUUUGGCAUUAAUUUUAAUUUACUUUGUAUUUGUUUAAAUCUAAUGGUGUCUUAUUACACAAAUGCUGCAAUCUGAUUGGUUAUGCUUCUCCCUACCUAUUCCUUGAUAGACAGCAAGUAAAGCAAGUAGUCUUACAAAACAAAAUAAAAACAGGAGCUUGCCUUGUUGCAAAAUUUUCAACUACUAGUAGAUUUAUAGCAAAAACAAAAAAAUUAUGCUCCCUUGGUUUCUAUGCAUGACAGUUGAUUUAGAGGUUGCUGUUAUCGACUAUGUCAUGACAGAAAUCUUGGAUUUAAGUCAGUAUCUGACCAACUGCUCACCUACCCCUCCCCUAACUCAGCAUUAACCCUAACUUGUUAUCAAUUGACUGUUUUUUUUGGGUUAGGGGAGGGGUAGGUUCGCAGUGACUCAGACACUAUCAGUGAUCUUACAUCUCAAGCUUGUAAUCUAAUUGUUAAUUAUGAAAAAGCCAAGAUAAAUGUCAUUCUAAUAAACUGUUAAUUGUAGCUAUUGCCUCUCUUCUCGGGGUGAAUGAAAUCUAGACUUAAAAUUGCUGUCAAUGUGAGUUGUCUUUAGAAUGUGUCAAUACUUUGUGUAAAGCGUCCUGUUAUUCUCUGUAAUGCAAAUAGAUUAAUGAAAUAUGCAACCUGUCUGUAUUGAAUCAUGUUACAUGUCAGAGUAAUAUUUAUCUGAUAAAAUAAAUGCAAAGAGUGAAAGGCUUUAAGCUGGCUUUAUUAUAUUAAGCGCUGAAAGUUGUGCCUCAGAAAGCUUAAAGGAACAAAACUCGAUAAAGAAGCGUACCCUAGGAAUUAAGCUUGUGUAGACUACGUGCAAACGUAGGAGGUAGGAAGUGUAGUUUUCUCCGCCAAUCCGAGGUAAGGCGCUCAUUUUAAACCAAUCAGGUGCAAGUCAAGCUGCCUCUUUUCCCGCGCUUGCAUCAGCAAAGUUAAUGGUUACAACCAGUGCAGUCAUAAGUAGUGAUAUGGUUAGCGGUGGCUGGAUUUGUACUUUCAUCCAUUUCCUUGUUCUUUCAAAAUUUCCCCUUGCAAUAGAAAGUGUUACUCAGAAUGAAAACUGUCUGAAAUUUGAAAGGUAAUUGGAAAGUUCCUGAAGAAUGUUAGUUGAAUUCUCGAAAAUUCAUAACCCCAACGUUCCCUGUGGUCUUCAGAAUUAGCUUGUCAAGAGUAGUUUUAAAUCUUUAAAUGACCAAAGCUUUAAUCUCUUCAAUAAUUAAUAAGUUAAAAGUGGAAACCUUUCCUUCCUGAACUUGACCUGUGAAUGAUUGGUGAGCUUUACAAUUUUUUUUAUUAAGUUCUCCUGAGGGCCUAAAAGCGUUUUCAGGCAUUUGAACAGGAAUGGACCGGAUCGAGCCUUUUCCCGCGAAAAGUUACUCUUUAUCUUGAAAAAGGCAGACUGCCAGCACUCUAUUUUUCAACGCCUUACAAUUUACUUACUAUUUGGCUCAUAUCUAUAGUGCUCCAAACAGAAGUGGCUAUGUGUUACUCGGGGUAAGAUUUAAAACUGUCCAUCUUUUGUUAAAUCAGUUAUCUCUGCUCUUUCUUUGUUUUAGUGAUUGGAAAUAUUUUGGCUCUGUCAACUAGUGGAUUGAGCGUAACAAAGUGCGAUGGUGCUGUAGUUCUGAAAGGAAAUGAAGGAGUUGACGCCGAAGGAAAUGAUUCAAGUAAAGAGAGUUCUUCCUCUGACCAGUCAGCAUCGCAGACGACAAAGUCACAUAAGAAAGCCCACAGUCUUGGCUACUUGAAACUCCCGGGAUUCAAGUCUACAAAAGAACAUAUUGAACUUCAACAAAUAGACGGAACGAGUUUUUCCGAAUCACUACGAGCCGUAUCGUCGGAAAUCAAUGUUCCUUCGGAAAAACCCGAUGGUGCCGAAGUCUUGGCGACUAGCCCUAGCGAAUCGAAUAUUUUCGACCACCAAUUUUGAUGUUCGGAUAAACCGAUUUGUCGUUGUCCUUGUUUUUAAGAAGAUUUUUCUUUGUAAAAUUAAAUAAAUUCAGUCGACUACCCAUUGAUAUAGAACGCAAAUGGGGUUGGGAGAGCUAAAGAGGUUUAGAAUUUUAUUGACUCUACGACAUUUUCAGUCGUCGAAUAAGCUUUUGACACACCACUAUAAAACGUAGAAUGUUUUCAGUUAAAUGAGCCAUAAAUUUGUAAACUAAAGAGGUGUACACAUUGACUGUUAUGAAAAAAUAUUU